UUCCUCCCGUCCCUCCCCCGGUUUCCCUUCAACACCCAGGUGUAUCCGCGCGGGUGUGGUGCACUAAAGACUUUGUAAAAUUACUCUUUGCGUGGUCGCUGUAUGUUUUUCCAUUUUGCUCGAAGACUGUAUAAUUUCUACCAAUACGCAGGAAAAAAGGCGACUUUUUGAGCCAUGGAAGGAAUGCAGUGUAUCAAAUACCUGGUGUUUGUGUUCAACUUUAUCUUCUGGUUGGCAGGAACGGGGGUUCUGGCAUUGGGGCUGUGGCUGCGCUUUGACUCCAGGACGUCAGGACUUUUUGAAGGAGAGGACUCUCCCUCAGUCUUUUUGACUGGUGUGUACAUUCUGAUUGCAGCUGGGGCACUGAUGAUGGUGGUUGGCUUCCUGGGAUGUUGUGGAGCCAUCAAAGAAUCCCCAUGCAUGCUUGGAUUGUUUUUCCUCUUUCUCCUAAUCAUCUUUGCCAUUGAAGUGGCAGCUGGAAUCUGGGGCUUAUCCAAUAAAGACAGGGUGACUGAGGAUGUAACAGAAUUUUAUAAGCAAACCUAUAAUAACUAUAAGGACACCAAACAGGAGGCACUGAAGGAAACACUCCGCCUGAUUCACUUUGGGCUGAACUGCUGCGGUACCACUGGAACCGUGAUUGAUGCUGCAAAAGACACCUGCCCCAAAAAGGAAGGACUGGAAGUUCUCAUCACAACAAACUGCCCAGCUGCUAUUGAUGAGAUGUUCAACAGUAAACUUCACAUCAUUGGCGGUGUUGGCAUUGGUAUUGGAAUAGUCAUGAUUUUUGGCAUGAUCUUCAGCAUGAUGCUCUGCUGUGCUAUUAAGAAGUCCAGAGACUUUGUCUAAAUGUAGCAUUUUGCAUUGGCUCCACCCCAACACAGACUUCCCAUGCUAUGAGUUAUGCUUCACUUGGAUCUCUGCAUGAAACCACUGCCAACUUUGACUUCUGAGAAUAUGAAGCAUUUAAAGUGACCCAGUCCCUGCAGUUUUUUGUUCAUGGAAAUGGUAAAAAUGUAAUAUGAGCAUGUAACCCCUGGAAAAUGCUGAAUCUCACAGACUAAGCUUUUUUCAUUUUACAUGCGCUUGUCUAUACUGAAAGUUUUAUUCUUUUAUUUUUUUAAUGACCUCAAGGGAUUGUUUGUUUUAUAGUUUUAUUAACAAAGAUAAUUUGCCAAGUGCAUUUAAGUGUCAGUUAACAUUAAUAAAGCAUAUGUUUGAUCUAA